UCGCCAGGGCGAAUUCGAACUCAAAGCGCAGUAAUCAAAGCGCUGCUCGUGGAUUUUUUUUGCAUUUUUUUGAGUUCAAAUAGUUCGUUAAUAAGAGUGGCGGUCAACGAUGCUAUUCCACUUGCAAUCGAAAUAUAAAUAGUUGAAAGUGAUAAAUAACAAAAAAGAAGCGACGCCAACGGGCGAAAAAGGAGAUAACCGAAAACGAAAAACCCGACAAAAGCAACGUUGAAAGAGAGUAAAAAAAAAAAGGAAAACGAUGAUCGAACCGUAAAUUUAAAACCAUGCAAUCUACAGUGCAUAAUAUAUAAUAAUUUGACCAAAACAAAUGCCAAGUUGGAGAGCGAGAGCGAAGAACGUUAAAAAAAGAAGUAAAUAAGUGAUCUUGGCCCGCUGUUUGUUGUUCUUGUUAUUAUGGUUGCCGUUGUUGUAACUCGUUUUUUUUAAUGCGCGCGUGUAUGAAUCACACAAACACAACAAAACAAACAAUAACAACGAUGCGAUACGGUGAAAUAUGCUAAGUAAAUAGCAAAAGAGAGUUCCAGUUUCCAGAGAGCGACAGAGAGAGGGCGCGAGAGCGACUACAAGUACAUACUGGAAAGCGAUCCCGAUCCUUUUUCCAGGCACGCAGCCAUCUCGCUUGCACCCAUGCCGCCCUAGACCAACUUUUGUUGCAGCUGCCUAACAACCAACAACUACAGCAACAACAAACGCACUGUGCACGCGAAAGGAGCAACAAGGAUGGCGAUAGCUGGAAAGCGACGACGAUGAUGAUGAUGCGGUCGCAACAACAACACAAGCAACGAGAACAACAACAAGCUGCUGCAGGCAGACGAGCAUAGCGUUAAAAAAAGUAGCUGCAUACAAAAUAGUAAUAGGAAAAAAUCCGAAAAAUUCGAGAAAAAAAAAAGUUAAAGAAACGAUCGCCCAAUUUAAUCAAGUGCAUAUAUGUGUGUGCAAAAUAAAAAGUGCAUUGCAACAGUCAAAAAUACAUACAUACUUAUUAUCGCAGAUCGCAGACGAUAAUAGUUAUUGUUAAAACGAAAAGUACGAAAUGAAGGUCACCGUCUGCUUCGGCGACGUUCGCAUUCUGGUUCCCUGCGGUUCCGGCGAACUCCUCGUCCGCGAUCUUGUCAAGGAGGCCACGCGACGCUACAUUAAGGCGGCCGGCAAGCCCGAUUCCUGGGUGACCGUUACGCAUCUGCAGACACAGUCGGGCAUCCUCGAUCCGGAUGAUUGUGUCCGCGACGUGGCCGACGAUCGGGAGCAGAUAUUGGCGCACUUUGAUGACCCAGGACCGGAUCCGGGAGUUCCGCAAGGAGGCGGCGAUGGAGCAUCGGGCAGUUCAUCCGUUGGCACCGGUUCGCCGGAUAUCUUUCGCGAUCCCACCAACACGGAGGCGCCCACCUGUCCGCGGGAUCUAUCCACGCCACACAUCGAGGUCACCAGCACCACAUCGGGACCGAUGGCUGGACUCGGAGUUGGACUGAUGGUGCGUCGCAGCAGUGAUCCCAAUCUGCUGGCCUCUCUGAAGGCGGAGGGCAGUAACAAACGCUGGUCGGCGGCGGCUCCCCAUUACGCUGGCGGGGAUUCGCCGGAGCGCCUGUUUCUUGACAAGGCCGGUGGCCAGUUAUCGCCACAGUGGGAGGAGGACGACGAUCCCAGUCAUCAGCUAAAGGAACAGCUGCUACAUCAACAGCAGCCCCAUGCUGCUAAUGGAGGCUCCUCCUCCGGUAACCAUCAGCCGUUUGCCCGAUCCGGACGCCUGUCGAUGCAGUUUCUGGGCGAUGGCAAUGGCUACAAGUGGAUGGAGGCAGCCGAGAAACUACAGAAUCAGCCGCCAGCCCAGCAGACAUAUCAGCAGGGUGGUCAUCAUGCUGGUCACGGUCAAAACGGUGCCUACUCCAGCAAGUCCUUGCCCCGGGAGAGCAAGCGAAAGGAGCCCUUGGGACAGGCAUAUGAAUCCAUCAGGGAGAAGGAUGGUGAAAUGCUGCUGAUCAUCAACGAGUACGGUAGUCCGCUGGGACUCACUGCUCUGCCGGACAAGGAGCAUGGCGGUGGACUGCUGGUGCAGCAUGUGGAGCCGGGCAGCCGAGCCGAAAGAGGACGACUGCGUCGUGAUGAUCGCAUCUUGGAGAUCAAUGGCAUUAAGCUAAUAGGACUCACCGAAUCACAGGUUCAGGAGCAACUGCGACGGGCUUUGGAGAGCUCGGAGUUGAGAGUUCGAGUGCUGCGCGGUGAUCGCAAUCGCCGCCAACAGCGUGACUCCAAGGUGGCCGAGAUGGUGGAGGUGGCCACGGUUUCACCCACCCGCAAACCACAUGCUGCUCCGGUGGGCACCUCGCUGCAAGUGGCAAAUACCCGUAAACUGGGCAGGAAAAUCGAAAUUAUGCUCAAGAAGGGACCCAACGGUCUGGGCUUUUCGGUCACAACACGCGAUAAUCCCGCCGGUGGCCACUGUCCCAUCUACAUCAAGAAUAUCCUGCCACGAGGUGCGGCCAUCGAGGAUGGACGCCUGAAGCCCGGUGAUCGUUUGCUCGAGGUGGAUGGCACUCCAAUGACCGGUAAAACGCAAACAGAUGUGGUGGCAAUCUUGAGGGGCAUGCCAGCGGGAGCAACCGUAAGGAUUGUGGUCUCCCGCCAGCAGGAGUUGGCGGAGCAGUCUGACCAGCCGGCUGAGAAAAGUGCUGGAGUGGCGGUGGCACCUUCAGUUGCUCCACCACCUGUUCCUGCUGCUGCACCUCCAGCGCCUUCCAUUCCGGUCCAGAAAUCCAGCAGCGCACGAUCUCUGUUCACUCAUCAGCAGCAAUCGCAGCUAAAUGAAUCUCAGCACUUUAUUGAUGCGGGCAGCGAGUCGGCUGCUUCAAAUGACAGCCUGCCACCCAGCAGCAACAGUUGGCACUCCCGCGAGGAGCUGACCCUGCACAUUCCCGUACACGACACCGAAAAGGCCGGACUGGGGGUCAGUGUGAAGGGCAAGACGUGCUCGAAUCUGAACGCUUCCGGAUCGAGUGCCUCCAGCGGCAGCAAUGGACUGAUGAAGCACGACGGUGACUUGGGUAUAUUCGUGAAGAAUGUAAUUCAUGGCGGAGCUGCAUCCCGCGAUGGUCGCUUGCGGAUGAAUGAUCAACUGCUGAGCGUGAAUGGAGUAUCGCUGCGGGGGCAAAACAAUGCCGAGGCCAUGGAGACACUACGUCGGGCAAUGGUCAACACGCCCGGCAAACAUCCGGGCACCAUAACCCUGCUGGUAGGCCGCAAGAUCUUGCGAUCGGCCAGUUCCAGUGACAUUCUGGACCACAGUAACAGUUACAGUCAUAGCCAUAGCAAUAGUAGCGGCGGCAGCAAUUCAAAUGGUAGCGGUAAUAACAACAAUAGCAGCUCAAAUGCCAGCGAUAAUUCUGGAGCCACGGUCAUAUAUUUGAGCCCGGAGAAGAGGGAGCAGCGCUGCAAUGGCGGCGGAGGUGGUGGCAGUGCUGGCAAUGAGAUGAAUAGAUGGAGCAAUCCCGUUUUGGAUCGCCUAACCGGUGGCAUUUGCUCCUCGAACUCAGCGCAGCCAUCCUCUCAGCAGUCUCACCAGCAGCAGCAGCAGUCGCAUCCUUCGCAGCAGCAACAGCAGCAGCGUCGACUGCCAGCAGCGCCCGUUUGCAGCAGUGCAGCUCUCAGAAACGAGAGCUACUACAUGGCCACCAAUGACAACUGGUCGCCGGCGCAGCUGCACUUAAUGACUGCUCAUGGCAACACGGCGCUGCUUAUCGAGGACGAUGCCGAGCCGAUGUCUCCAACACUACCGGCACGUCCGCAUGAUGGGCAGCACUGCAACUCGAGCAGUACUAAUCCAUCGCAGAACUUGGCCGUCGGCAAUCAGGGGCCACCCAUAAAUACCGUGCCUGGUACUCCGUCGACAUCCAGCAACUUUGAUGCCACCUACUCCUCGCAACUGAGCUUGGAGACAAACUCGGGCGUGGAGCAUUUCUCGCGCGAUGCUUUGGGACGACGCAGCAUCUCUGAGAAGCACCAUGCGGCGCUCGAUGCCCGCGAAACUGGCACCUAUCAGCGGAAUAAGAAGUUACGCGAGGAGCGCGAACGCGAGCGUCGCAUUCAACUGACGAAAUCCGCUGUGUAUGGUGGUUCCAUUGAAUCCCUUACGGCUCGCAUAGCCAGUGCUAAUGCCCAGUUUUCGGGAUAUAAACAUGCCAAGACUGCAUCCAGCAUCGAGCAAAGAGAGACGCAGCAGCAAUUGGCCGCUGCCGAGGCGGAGGCCAGGGAUCAGCUGGGCGAUCUGGGUCCGUCGUUGGGCAUGAAGAAGUCUUCGUCGUUAGAGUCGCUCCAGACGAUGGUGCAGGAGCUGCAGAUGUCGGAUGAGCCGCGUGGUCAUCAGGCGUUGCGUGCACCGCGUGGGCGUGGCAGGGAGGACAGUCUGCGGGCGGCGGUGGUCAGCGAACCGGAUGCGAGCAAGCCCCGCAAGACCUGGCUUUUGGAGGAUGGCGAUCACGAGGGUGGUUUUGCCUCGCAGCGCAAUGGACCGUUCCAGAGUUCGCUGAACGAUGGCAAACACGGCUGCAAGUCGUCGCGGGCCAAGAAGCCAAGCAUACUGCGCGGCAUCGGUCACAUGUUCCGCUUUGGCAAGAAUCGCAAGGAUGGCGUGGUGCCAGUGGACAACUAUGCGGUAAACAUUUCGCCCCCUACAUCGGUGGUUUCCACAGCCACAUCGCCGCAGUUGCAGCAGCAGCAACAGCAGCAAUUGCAGCAACACCAGCAGCAGCAACAGAUACCAACCGCUGCGUUGGCCGCUCUGGAGAGAAAUGGCAAGCCGCCGGCGUAUCAGCCACCGCCACCGCUGCCUGCUCCAAAUGGAGUGGGUAGCAAUGGGAUCCAUCAGAACGACAUCUUCAACCAUCGCUAUCAGCAUUAUGCCAACUACGAGGACCUCCACCAGCAGCACCAGCAACACCAGAUUAGUGGAGACGAUUCCACCACAUCGAUUUCGGAAACGCUUUCGGAGUCAACACUCGAGUGCAUGCGGCAGCAGGUCAUCCGUCAGCGCAUCAAGGUCGAGGCGGAAAGUCGCCGCCAUCAGCAUUACCAUUCGCAGCGCAGUGCCCGCUCGCAGGAUGUGAGCAUGCACUCGACGAGCUCCGGAUCCCAGCCAGGAUCCCUGGCCCAGCCGCAAGCGCAAUCGAACGGCGUUCGUCCCAUGAGCAGUUACUACGAGUACGAGACGGUGCAACAGCAGCGGGUGGGCAGCAUCAAGCACAGCCAUAGCAGCAGCGCCACGUCGUCCUCCUCGUCGCCCAUCAAUGUGCCGCAUUGGAAGGCGGCGGCCAUGAAUGGCUACUCGCCAGCCAGCCUGAACAGCAGUGCCCGGAGUCGAGGUCCGUUUGUGACGCAGGUGACCAUACGGGAGCAGAGCAGUGGCGGCAUACCCGCCCACCUGCUGCAGCAACAUCAGCAGCAGCAACUCCAGCAGCAGCAGCAGCCCACCUACCAGACUGUCCAGAAGAUGUCCGGACCAUCGCAAUAUGGUAGUGCCGCCGGUUCCCAGCCACACGCAUCCAAGGUGUGACUAUAGGUGUUGGCGCAAGCGCGCGCCACUCGCGAUGUGCUGGCCGAAAACCGGGUCGUUCUCAGCGAGGUCAACGAGGAGGUGGAGGUAUUCUACUUCGCCACCGAGUGCUGAACACAUUGCAUAUUCGAGGGACUUAUUUGUUUAAGUUAGAUUAAGUGGAAUUUCCACUAAACCACAUGCAUUAGGGGUGGGUUGGUUAAUGUAAUCUGGUCUAUUCACCAUUCAAUUAAUAUGAGGCAGGAGGAAAUUUAUUUUAUAUUAUGAGGUUUAAAUUUGAUUUGUAACUAGCUCCAAGCCAAGGAAUGGUUGCUAUAUAAUUUAAAUUCUAUCCUGAUUAAACAAUAUAUAUAUAUAUAUAUAUAUAUAUAUUUAUCCGUGAUAUAUGAUUAAGCAAACAAAACCUAGACGUUUUCUUGCUAAGCGGAAAGAACCAGGAUAAUAUAUACAUUAGUAUUCCAUUAUAAUUUCAUGGUCCAAGUGGUAAGGAUAAAAUUGAUUUUAUAUUUGUAAAUUGCUAAGAAUACUACUUGGUUUCAUUGGAUUUCCAACCUAUUGACCCACCCUGACACACGUCUAUAUUAAGUUCACAAUUCACAAUAUAUAAACUAAAAGAUUGCAUAUUUGGCGAAACAGAAACCAAGAGAGUAACGAUUAAGGAAAGUAUUCCCGUAAAGCGCUAUCCAUUUGUCGAGUGCUUAGAUAUAAUUUAAACGAUUGUAUUAAGCUUUAGCUCUAAGUCCAAGUCAAACGCCUUUGUACAUAACUAGUUUACCCGGAAGCCAACAAGAAAAAAGAACAACAUAAAAUUCCAAAAGUUUUGGACCUACGCAGCGAAAGGUCUUAAGAAUUUCCAUUGUCAUUUAUCAUUUUUUUUUUUUUACAUUUACCUAUAUUUUUUUGAUUUGUACAUAGAUCUUGUUUGUUUGUUUUGUAAAGCUUUAAAGCGGACGCCAUUUUGUGUGUGCAAACGUGAGGAUUUGCAAGAAGCGAAAAGUUAAACUUAAAGCCAACCCAUUUAAUACGUAUAGCUAACAUGUAAGAGUAAGCGAAGUACUUUUUUUUGUUCCAACAAUUAUCGAGCUAAGACAAGAAGUUUUGUGCAGCCGACCUCGGCCCAGGUCUCUAAAAAAGACAAGCAGCUUAACUUAGUUAUACGAAUCCAUACGAUUAAGCCGAACUAGUGGGUAAGCCUACAUGUAUAGCGAAUAUAUACGAUACUUUUCUUUAUACUUGUGUACUUCCUAAGUAAUUUGUGCGAUGCCGACCGAAUACCGAGUUGCGAAUUAAACGUUAAAAAUUUUCAUAAAGAACCA